AUGUCUCACUCCGAGAAGAGCAUCGUUACGUGGGACGGCCCGGCCGACCCUGAGAACCCUUUCAACUGGCCUUCUUCGAGGAAAUGGCGCGUCACUCUUCUCGCAUGCUCCAUAACCUUCCUCUCCGGCCUGUCAGGCACAGCUCUCGCGCCCACAGCCCCACUCCUAACCGCGACCUUCCACCUCCCGCCGGACUCCAGCCGCACCAUCCCGCCGACAUACUACCCCAUCUUCGCAUGGACGCUGUCCGCCGGCGUUGUCCCUCUGCUUCUGCUCCCUCUCAUGGAGACGCGCUACGGCGUGCGAACACCAUACAUCCUCUGCGUGCUCGUUCUCGCCCUCUCCACCAUCCCACAAGCCCUUGCCCCAGGCGGAGCUUACCCCCUCCUUGUUGCCAUCCGCGUCCUGAGCGGCGGCGCGGCAGGUGUGCUGCAGAACGUCACUGGCGGUAUCGUCGGCGACGUAUGGGCGGGCCCCCGCGCGCGCAGCUUGCCCGUCGCGCUGUACAUCUGGGCGCUGGUUGGUGGGCUGAUGGCCGGGACGGUGGCCGGGGGCGGAACGGUUUGGGGGGCCAACGUCGAUGACGAAGGAAAAGAAGGGGUCGGCAAAGGAGGCCUCAGCUGGCGCUACGUCUGCUGGUGGCAGCUCGCCGUCUACGCCGCCCUGGUCCCCAUCGCCUACCUCGCCCUCCCCGAAACCCGCGGCAGCGUCAUCCUCUCCCGGCGCGCCGCCUCGGUCCGGCACUCCACCGGCCGCCAGGACGUCCGUGCCGAAGGCGAAGAAGAAGAGCACCACCUCUCGAUCGUCGCGCUCCUCCAGGACGCCGUCGGCCGCCCGCUGCGCAUGCUGACGACCGAGCCGCUGGUGGCGUGCAGCACGCUGUGGUCCGCCUUUUGCUUCGGCAACGCUCUGCUCUUCACCCAGAGCAUCCCGCGCGUCUACGGCGAGCUGUACGGCUGGGAGAGCUGGCGUUCGGGCGUCGUCCAGGCGGGCCUGCUCACCGGCGUCACGCUCGGGCUCGUCGUCGGCGCGCCGGUGCAGGACGCGUGGUACUUCACAACAUCAUCAUCCGCCAAAACGACCGAGUGCCAGUCCCCAGACAGCGAGAAGGCGGCGGAGAACGGAGUCGGAGUCGGAGGAGCAGAAGAAGAAGAAGAAGAAGAAACCUUCCUCCCCGAAGCCCGCCUCUACCUCGCGGUGCCGGCCUCGUUCCUCUGCCUCGCCGGCGGCCUCUUCCUCUACGCCUGGACCGCGCUGCCCGCGCUCCACUGGCUCGCCCCCACCGCCGGGCUCGUCCUCGUCGGCGCCGGCAUCUUCACCGUCGUCACCGCCGCCAGCAACUACGUCGAGGACGCGUACUCGCGCUACGCCGCCAGCGCCCUCGCCGGCGUCGCCUUCGGCGAGAACCUCACCGGCGCUUUCUUGCCGCUCGCCGAGCAGGCGCUGUAUGCGCGGCUCGGUUUGCGUUGGGCGGGCUGUCUGCUGGCGUUUGUGGCGGUGGGGCUGAGCUUCGCGCCGGUCGUGUUGGUGUGGAAGGGUGGGGCGAUUAGGGCGAGGAGUCCGUUUAUUGGGGAGGCGAUGUAUGAGAAUGGACGAGGGGUGGUGGCGGUGGUGGGGUCUUCUUCGUCGGAUCGGACGCUUUGA